UAAAAAGAUGCGUGAGGGAGAAGACAGGUGAAAAAGACGGAGAUGGAUGAUAACCUCAAUCUCUAGAGAUCCCAAGAAAGCACUAAGAGGAAGAUUAUGCAGCUCCUCCCAUGAUAAAAUUAUAUCGGGAAGAAGUCUGCAACAAUUGAAAAAGGCAGCAUGCCUCACGGUAAGUGAAGGUACCGCGGCGGAAGCAGGUACCUGUGCAGGUACCUCCGAAGAAACAAUCGUAAGUACAUCUGCUGCAGAUGAAUUUCUUACGGAGAGAUUAUAUGAAGAAAACAUAGAAAAUGUUGAAGAAAUGGAAACUAUCGAAGAAAUUGUACAAGAAGGAGAUUUCUAUACAGGAGAAGAUCAAUUGAAUACCACCGAUGAAAACGAAGAAAUAAAUUGGGUGGUAGAGAAAGCCGAACCACAACAGCCAAAAGAACCAAUUUCGGAAGAAAUAGAUUUUGCUGAUUUUGCAUAUAUAUUCGAAGAAAUAAAAAAUCUUGCAAAUCAUUCAUCUAUUGGCUGUGGCAUUGAACAUUUCGAAAUAAUUGGAUGUCAACAAUAUGGCUUAAAAAAAACGUAUAAUGUACAGUGCCGAAUGUGCAAUUACAUAGGACACAUUCCGUGUCUUCGAAAGAAUGAUGGCACUAUGGAUAUUAACCAUGCCGCUGUUUCUGCAACAAUAGUUACGGGCGGCGAAUAUAAUCAAUUGGAGGAAUUACUCUCUGGCGUGAACAUGUCUUGCAUGACAAAAGGGAUGUACGAGAAAUGUCAGGAUGACAUAAUCGACGGCUUCGAAGGGGCCGCAUAACAAGAAAUGGAAGAAGCUGGAAAAAAGGAAA